AUGGCGCAAUCAGUAUCGAUCCCCGCUUGCUCUCUAGAGCCUGCCUUUGAGCCAACUCAUUCUCGCUCUCGGCCUUCCCUAUCUAUCGACCUGGACAGCCUCCCCGCGCUUUCCCAGCCAUCGCCUCCCUCAAACACACUUUUGAUCACCGACCUCAACGACCUCAUCAUCUUUCAACCCUCUUCCCUCGAUGAGAUUCGCAACAAAAUCACCGCGGUUGUACCUCUCUACUCCUUCUCCCCGCUCCCAUCCUUCCGCCGUAUCGUCUGCUCCUUCUACUCCGACAAAGAUGCUAUCACCAUCCGUAAGAUGCUGGAAGGCAACCUACUUCGCCACACCACUCCCCGCAUCUAUUUCGGCGAGCCAACGCCCAUUUUGACCGAAGAAGAAAUGCAGCGCACAAAGCUCCUUGCCGCGCCCCAGAGCGACAAGCUCUUCUUUAUCUCCCCGCCACCAAGCCCCCCGCACGGAUGGAUGAUGCGCAACGAGGACCCCCCAAACAAAGAAGUGCACGCUCAAGAUCUCGCGUAUGCGCUGGCGAUGCUGAAAACCGAUCAGCCGGAGGCUGAGACUAUGAGCGUUGAUCCUGCUACGCCUGUAUCUAUCUCGUCGGACCAGAGGACGCCCAGCUGGCCGCUUGCUGCAUCGCAGCAGCGCAGCCGCAGCAGCACUAUCAUCUACAACCCUGAGGAUCACGGUCAUAGCCCGAACCUGCCGGCUGUUAUGGUCGAGGAUGUGAGCUUGCCGGCUGAUGAGGACAUCGAAAUGGAUGAUGGUAUGUCGCUGCAGAAGAUGCCGCCGAAGACUUCUCGACCACCUGUCGAACUGAUGGAGUAA